CAAAGUUCCCCUGUGCUUUACUCGCUCAGCUCGCCUCUCUCCUCCCCCGAUUUGGUCUCCCUUUCCCUCAUCAACCCCCAGACCCCCGUCUUCAAUGCUGCCUCUUUGGCAGCACCAAAUCCCUAGCUUUCUGUAAACUCAUUGAUACUGCCAUUAUAGUCUUCGAUCCCUACCUCUUCCUCUUCUCUUCCUUUCCUUUUUUCCUUGAAACAUUCAGCCGGUGGAUUUUAUGGGUCGGAAAAACGGACGGGUUCCCGCUCUCGUCCCAAGGAAAUGGAAUAAAUUAUCUUUACUCUGGGUCGAACAUUUAUCAACAAGUGGAUGCUGAUUGGAUUCACUGAUAAGAUUUGCAUAUAUCCGAGACCAGAGAGAUCUCCUCUGUAAAUGCGUCUGCCACAAACCCAAGAAUUGCAACAGAAAUAACUUUUUAUCACUAUGGCUGAAGCCAGGGGUGCGGGAGCUGUGGCCCCUCCUGCAGCCUCUGUCCGGCCCCGUGGUCUGGGUCUGCUGGGAACGCUGAGGGUCUCCGUGGAGCUGGUGGUGGCUCUUGUGGCGCUCAUCUCCUGGGGGGUCGUGGGGGUUGUGAUGUUCGACUUUGUAGAACAUCAGGCUGUUCCAGACAUACAGGAGAUUAUGCUGAAUCCCAUACAAUCUGUUAACAAUGCCGUCGAUGAAGUUUCAAGCCUCUUCUUUAAAGUUCAAGAGUGUUCACCGGAUUUAAGUGACCCAAUGUCGGUAGCAAAUUAUGCAACGGAAGAAAUGGCAGAAGUCAAGGACACAGUCUUUCAACAGUUUUCUGAUAAAGAUGGAAACUUCUACCUGAGCUACGUUGACCCGGUUAUCAUUGGACGAAGCUUCUUCCAUUCUACGAAUGAUUACCUGUGUGAAAACAUAUGCUGCUUUAAGGACUUGUUCUGUACACUGUUGGAUGUCAUACUAGACACUUUAACCAACAUCAAUGCAGGAAAAGCGGACCUUAGCACCGUUGACCCUGUGGUCGUUGGCAGAGGCGUCUUCGCAGCUUCUAACGACCUAACGAAUGGCGUGCUUAGCUACGUCCAGGGUAUGCUCUGCGCUAUGGUGGACACUAUCCUGGGUGUAGGGAAAGGGGCCACAGACCUUAGCUUCACUGACCCUUUGGUCGUAAUCAGGGAUUCCUUCCAUGUUGCCGACAAAUCUAUAGGUGGAGUAGUGAGUUAUGCCCAGGAUGGACUGUGUGAUGUCCUAGAUAGCAUACUGGACAUGACAAAAGGAACCGCUGACCUUAGCUUCAUUGACCCUGUGGUGGUGGGCAGGGAUGUCUUCACUGUUACUAUGGGCUUCGUAGACGGAUUAGUAGGCUACAUUCAGGACAUGCUGUGCACUGUUUUGGAUACAGUUUUGGAAACCGUCAAAGGUAUCCAGGAGGCCAUGGGAUUCAGUCCCAUGGAGGUGCUAAGCAGAAUAAAGGAGAUCAUCACUGGAGAGGUGAAGAUGCUUGUGGCCUACUUCUCCAACCUGCUGACGGAUGACCAAGGAAUCCUUCCUGAGGUAACAGUUGAUCCCAUGCAAGUGGUCACUGAUGUUUUGGUGGAAAUGACCGACAAGAAGGAGCUGUUUGUGGGUUAUAUGGCAAGCAUGAUCACUGGUGAUCAAGGUGAACCUGUAGUAACACCGCCGGUUGUAACUGAAGAAGAGAUCACUGACCACAAAGCCGAAACACUGACAGAAACAGAGCCAACCUUUGAAGAGCCCAUCAAGGAGGACCAAGAGGAAGAGGUUCAGGCCCUCGAAGCCGAGGAAAAGGGAGAGGAAGGAGAUGAUGCAACAGAGGAGGAGGAAGAAGAGGCACUUAAGGAAAUCCUGCUUAAUGAAGAUGAGGCUGAGGAACAUUUCAAAACCGAGGAGAUGACAGAGCAGGAGGAAGCAGAUGACGAUGAGACGGACAUGGAGGAGGAGGAGGCUAGGGGGGAAGAGGAAGUGGAUGACGACGAGGAGAAGCAGACUGGUAGUGUGGCAUAUGAGAUAGGGGAACUGAAAGAAGAGGCAGAGAAAUUGGAGAAAAAUGCAUUAGAUGAGGAAGAGGUAGAUCUAGAAGAGGAAGCCAGGGAGGAAGAGGAUCUCCUGGAGGAGGAGGAGAAAGAGGAGGUUCUUUUAGAGGAGGUUCUCCUAGAGCAGGACACAGAGGAGGAGGAGGUUGUCCUGGAGAAGGAGGACAGAGAGGAAGAGGAUGAUCUAGAUCAGGAGGAGAAUGAGGAGGUUAUCUUGGACGAAGAGGAGGUUGAGGAGGUUCUCUUAGAUGAGGAGUUGGAGGAGAAGGCGGAUCUCUUAGACGAGGAGUUGGAGAAUGUAGAAUUUCGCUUAAAGGAGGGGGAAGAGAAUUUUCUCUUUGCUGAAGACUGGGAGGAUGAAGAAGAUUUCUUAGAGGAGGAGUUGGAAAAAGAAGAGUUUAUCUUAGAGGAGGAGGAGAAGAAGGAGGUCCUCUUCGAUAAAGAAUGGGAGGAUGAAGAUCUCUUAGAGGAUGAGUUGAAGAAAGAAGAGUCUAUCUUGGAGGAGGAGGAGGUUCUCUUUGAUGAGGAGUGGGAGGAUAAGGAUCUCUUAGAGGAGGAGAUUGAGAAAGAAGAGGAUCGCUUAAAUGAUGAUGGCAGGGAGGAUGAUGAGAAACUCUUAGAGGAAGAGAGAGACGAGAUUCAGACAGAUGAGGACCUUCAAGAAAAGAAGGAGAGCGAGAAAGAGGAUGAUCUCCUAGAGGAGAUGAAGGAUGAAUUUGAAGAGGGAGAUGCAUCAAAACUAGACAAAUUAGAGGAAGACGAAGGAGAGGAGCUUGGAUUAGAGGAGGGGAUCCAAUCAGAACAAUUAGAACUGGAGGACCUCAAGACAGAGGAGGAGGUCUUAGAGGCUGAGGUAAUGGUGGAGAUAGAUGAGGACCUUGAGUUCGAUUCUGAAGACCAACCGACUCAAGAUGGAGACACAAAUGAGCAUCUAGAUGAUGAUAAAGUAGACCUCAAUGAAGAAGGGAAGGCCACACAUCUGACUUCUCUUGACGAAGAAGAGACAGCCUCUUACACCAAGACGGAUGAAACUGAAGAACUUCAUACCGAAAAAGACCUUUCUGAGGAUGAAGAGGCAGAUGACAUCGACAUGAGAGAUGAAAAUGUAAGCGCUUAUCAAGAUCAAUAUGUAGAAAAUGUUGUACCUGUUGAACCAAAGCAACAGGAGGAAGGAGACUACAUCAUCGAUGAAGCUGUCAUUACUGGGGAGGGGGAGGAACACAGAGAGGAUGACAAAAAGGAGGAAGAAGAUGAAAUGCUUGUUGAGCACCUCCAUCUUGAAAUCCUGAGUGCAGAACAGCCUUUCACUUUCGAUGCAGUGUCCGAAGUAAUCAGUGAAGAUGUGCAAAAGAUCUCGACUCCACCACCAUUCUCUGACCAAGAUGAUGUGUCCGACGACGUCGACGAGAACAACAACAACAGCAGUGAAAGCACGAAAGCGGAACCGAGGAGAAGGAAGAAGGUUUACGUUCGUUCUAAUGAGACCAGAAGGAUAGGAUUCAUGGCAAUGUUCAAAGCCUCAAGUCUCAAGAACAAAGAUCGACUGGACCAGAAAGAUGUAAAAGAAGAAAAAACAACACUUUCCAAACAAAAGCUUUCCAAGGAAGAGAAGAAGUGGAAGAAAUCAUCUAAAGAAGCUGAGGAACCACAAACACCAUCCAAAAGAGAUGAAGAAAUAAUGAAACCUUCUGAAGAACAAAAACAAAUGAAGGUACUAAGAACCGAUGCAAAAGAACCAUCUAAAUCUAUCAUCAAAUCUAAAGAUAAAACAGAACCAAAGGCACUGUCUAAGGAAAAGGAAAACAUUAAGAAACAAUCAAAGGGUGUGAAGAAACUACAGAAGCCCUCUGGGGAAGAAAUUGUAUUGAAGAAACUUGCAAAGGUAGAAAAAGUAGCUCAGAAACCAACAAAACAUGAUAUGGAACCACAAAAGCUUUCUGAUGAAGAAAAAUACACGAAGAAACCUUCAGGUGAAAUAACUAAGCCAAAGACUCUGACUGAGGAAGGCGACAAAGCUAAUAAAACAGAUACACCGUCCAAAAAGGGGAAAGGCCCAAAGAAGUCUUUAAAGGAAGAAAAUGUGACGAAAUCUUCAAAGGUAGAAAGGGUGCAAAUAAAACCAUCCAAGGAGGAUGAAGUGAAGAAACAAGCAAAGGUAAAGGGACUUUUGAAGGUUAAAGAAGAAGUGAAAAAAACAUCUCAAAAAGAGAAGGAUGAGAAGAAGCCCUCUAAAGAAAAGACUGAAAUAAAGAGACCUGAGCAAAAAUCUACAUCUGAGGAAAUGGACCAGGUUGAGAAAAGAGGUAAAGAUAAAAUAGAUUCACAGAAACCACUUGAGGAAGAGAAAGAACCAAAAAUGCCUUUAAAGAAAAGCACUAAACAACAUUCUGAAAAAGUUAAGACAUUAAUAAAACCAUCUAAAGAAGAAAAGGAAAUGAAGAAACCCUCUAAAAAAGAAGAGGUUUCAGAGAAGACUUCUGACAAGGGAAAAGUUCUGGAAGUGAAGAAGCCUUCCAAGGAAAUUAAAGAACUACCCAAGUCUCAUAAGGACGGAUACGACACACAAUCUUCUAAAGAGGAGAGAGAACCAUUUAAAUCAUUGAAAGAAGAGCCAAAACAACAGAAACCUUCUAAAGAGAAGGAAGUGAAGAAACCUUUGAAGGACAAAAAAGGGGAAACUGUGCCUUCCAAGGAAGAGCUGGAGAAGCCCUCUGAAAAGAAGGAGAAAGGGAAAUCUGAAGUAGAAACCAAACCUUCAAAAGAUGCAAAAAGUCCACCACCAAAAUCCUCCAAAGAGGAGAAAGAAAAAACUGUGCCAUCAAGGAGAGAAAAAGAUGUCAAAGAGGUCAAGGAAUCAAAGAAAACUCCUGGAACCAAGACAGUUAUAGAACUCCAUAAAGAACAGAAGGGAAUUAGGAGACCUCUGGUAGAAACCAAACCAUCUAGAGGUGGCAAGGAAGCAAAGGAACGAUCUGGAAAAGACAAAGGACCAGAGAAGAAAGAAAAUUAUGUGAAGAAGCCAUCUAAAGCAGAGAAACAGUCUGGCAAACAUUCUGAGGAAAAACUACAAAUCCUAUCUAAGAUAGAGGUAAUAAAUGAAACUACCAAAAAGGAAAAUCUAACUGUAUCUGCUAAGGAGCAGAAAUACCUUAAGAAACACUCUAAGGAAGAACCAAAGAAACUUCCUGAAAAAGAGAAAGUAAGAAAGCCUUCCAAGGAACUAUCCAAGCAAGAGGAACAUUUGGAAAAACCUUUAAAGGAAAAGGAAAUAAAUAAAUCAUCUGAAGCCAAAACUAAAGCGUCCCAGGAGGCAAAGAAAUCGCCCAAACUCACAGUACGGGAAAAAGAAACAAGGAAAUUAAUCAAAUUGCUGAAGGAAUUUACUCAAGAAGAGGAAGUGAUAAAGCAAAAUAAGCCUUCUAAAGGACAAACAGUACAGGCGGUUCUUCUUAAGGAAGAUAAAAAGGCAAAGAAACUUCUGGAAAAACCUGAGGCAAAGAAACCACUUAAGGAAAAGGAAACAUUAAAGAAACCAUCCAAAGAAGUAAGGGAAUCGAUGGCACCCUCUAAAGAAGAAAUUAAAUCAGAGGUUUCAAAAGUGGAAAAACAUGCCAAGGAACAACCUAAAACACAAAAAGCAAAAAGAACAUCUAAAGAUGAGAAACAGCCUGAGAAACCAUCUAAGGAAUUCAAGGAAACAAAGACAACUCCUGAAGACGAGAGAGUUAAGAAAACACCUAAAAAACAGCAGGGGCUUAAGAAACCUGAAGUAGAAACAAAACCAUCUAAAGGUGCCAAGGAAGCAAAAGAACUCUUUAGAAAGAUAGUGUUAAAAAGGGUCCCUUCCAAAGAGGAAAAUGUAACUGUAUCCUCUAACGUGCAGAAAGACCUAAAGAAAAACUCUACAGUAGAACCAAAGAAACUCCCUGUAAAAGAGAAAGAAAGAAAGCAGUCCAAAGAAGAGGCUCUUCCUUCUAAGGAAGAUGAAGAAGCAAAGAAACACCUCAAAGAACCUGAGACAAGGAAACCACUUAAGGAAAAGAAAACCGUUAUGAAACAAUCAAAAGAAAUAAGGAAAUCAAAGGUACCGACUAAACUAGAAACUAGAUCAGAGAAUGUUUCAAAGGAUAAAAAACAAGCAACAGAACUUAAAGAACAAGAACUCACAAAAACACCAAAAGAAGAAAUCAAAACAGAGAAGGUUUCAAAGGAGGAAAAAACAGUGAAGAAACCUAAAGAACAAGAACCAACAAAACCAGUUCAAGAAGAAAUCAAAACAGAGAAGGUUUCAAAGGAGGAAAAACCAGUGAAGAAACCCAAAGAACAGGAACCAACAAAACCACUUAAAGAACAAAUCAAGAAAGAGAAGGCUUCGAAAUUGGAAAUACAGGUGAAGAAACAUAAAGAACAAGAACCAACUCUACCACCUAAAGAAGAAAUCAAGAAAGAGAAGGUUUCAAAGGAUGAGAAAGUAGUGAAGAAACCUAAAGAACAGGAACCAACAAAACCACCUAAAGAAGAAAUCAAAACAGAGAAGGUUUCAAAGAUGGAAAAAACUGUGAAGAAGUCUACAGAACAAGAACCAAUAAAACCACAGACAGAAGAAAUCAAAACAGAGAAGGUUUCAAAGGACGAAAAAACUGUGAAGAAAUCUAAAGAACUUGAACAAACAAAACCACUUAAAGAAGAAAUCAAGGCAGAGAAGGUUUCAAAGUUGGAAAUACAGGUGAAGAAACCUAAAGAACAGGAACCAACAAAACCAAUUAAAGAAGAAAUCAAGACAGAGAAGGUCUCAAAGGAGGAAAAACCAGUGAAGAAAUUUAAAGAACAAGAACCAACAAAACCAGUUAAAGAAGAAAUCAAAACAGAGAAGGUUUCAAAGUUGGAAAUACAGGUGAAGAAACCUAAAGAACAGGAACCAACAAAACCACCUAAAGAAAUAAAAACAGAGAAGGUUUCAAAGGAGGAAAAACCGGUGAAAAAACAACCCAAAGAACAAGAACCAACAAAACCAACUAAAGAAGAAAUCAAAACAGAGAAGGUUUCAAAGUUGGAAAAAACUGUGAAGAAGGCUACAGAACAAGAACCAAUAAAACCACAGAAAGAAGAAAUCAAAACAGAGAAGGUUUCAAAGUUGGAAAUACAGGUGAAGAAAUCUAAAGAACAAGAACCAGCAAAACCACUUAAAGAAGAAAUCAAAACAGAGAAGGUUUCAAAGGAGGAAAAACCAGUGAAGAAACCCAAAGAACAAGAACCAACAAAACCAUCUGAAGAAAUCCAAACUGAGAAGGUUUCAAAGGAAGAAAAACCAGUGAAGAAACCUAAAGAACAGGAACCAACAAAACCUCCUAAAGAAGAAAUAAAAACAGAGAAGGUUUCAAAGGAAGAAAAAACUGUGAAGAAAUCUAAAGAACUUGAACAACCAAAACCACUUAAGGAAGAAAUCAAGACAGAGAAGGUUUCAAAGUUGGAAAUACAGGUGAAGAAACCUAAAGAACAGGAACCAACAGAACCACCUAAAGAAAUAAAAACAGAGAAGGUUUCAAAGAUGGAAAAAACUGUGAAGAAGUCUACAGAACAAGAACCAAUAAAACCACAGAAAGAAGAAAUCAAAACAGAGAAGGUUUCAAAGUUGGAAAUACAGGUGAAGAAAUUUAAAGAACAAGAACCAGCAAAACCACUUAAAGAAGAAAUCAAGACAGAGAAGGUUCCAAAGUUGGAAAUACAGGUGAAGAAACCCAAAGAACAAGAACCAGCAAAACCACUUAAAGAAGAAAUCAAGAAAGAGAUGGUUUCAAAGGAGAAGAAAUCUGUGAAGAAACCUAAAGAAGAACCAACAAAACCACCUAAAGAAGAUAUCAAAACAGAGAACGUUUCAAAGUUAGAAAUACAGGUGAAGAACCCCAAAGAACAAGAACCAACAAAACCACUUAAAGAAAUCAAGACAGAGAAGGUUUCAAAGAUGGAAAAAACUGUGAAGAAACCUAAAGAACAGGAACCAACAAAACCAAUUAAAGAAGAAAUCAAGACAGAGAAGGUCUCGAAGGAAGAAAAACCAGUGAAGAAACACAAAGAAUACGAACCAACAAAACCAAUUAAAGAAGAAAUCAAGACAGAGAAGGUCUCAAAGGAGGAAAAACCAGUGAAGAAACCUAAAGAACAGGAAUCAACAAAACCAGUUAAAGAAGAAAUCAAGACAGAGGAGGUUUCAAAGUUGGAAAUACAAGUGAAGAAACCUAAAGAACAGGAACCAAUAAAACCACAGAAAGAAGAAAUCAAAACAGAGAAGGUUUCAAAGUUGGAAAUACAGGUGAAGAAAUCUAAAGAACAAGAACCAGCAAAACCAAUUAAAGAAGAAAUCAAGACAGAGAGGUUUUCAAAGGCGGAAAAACCAGUGAAGAAACACAAAGAACACGAACCAACAAAACCCCUUAAAGAAGAAAUCAAGACAGAGAAGGUCUCAAAGGAGGAAAAACCAGUGAAGAAACCUAAAGAACAGGAAUCAACAAAACCAGUUAAAGAAGAAAUCAAGAAAGAGAUGGUCUCAAAGGAGAAAAAAUCUGUGAAGAAACCUAAAGAAGAUCCAACAAAACCACCUAAAGAAGAAAUCAAAACAGAGAACGUUUCAAAGUUAGAAAUACAGGUGAAGAAACCUAAAGAACAAGAACCAACAAAACCACUUAAAGAAAUCAAGACAGAGAAGGUUUCAAAGAUCGAAAAAACUGUGAAGAAACCUAAAGAACAAGAACCAACAAAACCAAUUAAAGAAGAAAUCAAGACAGAGAAGGUCUCAAAGGAGGAAAAACCAGUGAAGAAAUUUAAAGAACCAGAACCAACAAAACCAGUUAAAGAAGAAAUCAAGACAGAGAAGGUUUCAAAGAUGGAAAAAACUGUGAAGAAACCUAAAGAACAGGAACCAACAAAACCAAUUAAAGAAGAAAUCAAGACCGAGAAGAUCUCAAAGGAGGAAAAACCAGUGAAGAAAUUUAAAGAACCAGAACCAACAAAACCAGUUAAAGAAGAAAUCAAGACAGAGAAGGUUUCAAAGAUGGAAAAAACAGUGAAGAAACCUAAAGAACAGGAACCAACAAAACCAAUUAAAGAAGAAAUCAAGACAGAGAAGGUCUCAAAGGAGGAAAAACCAGUGAAGAAACCUAAAGAACAGGAACCAACAAAACCAGUUAAAGAAGAAAUCAAGACAGAGAAGGUUUCAAAGUUGGAAAUACAGGUGAAGAAACCUAAAGAACCGGAACCAACAAAACCACCUAAAGAAAUAAAAACAGAGAAGGUUUCAAAGGAGGAAAAACCAGUGAAAAAACAACCCAAAGAACAAGAACAAACAAAACCAAUUAAAGUAGAAAUCAAAACAGAGAAGGUUUCAAAGGACAAAAAAACAGUAAAGAAAUCUAAAGAACAAGAACCAACAAAACCACCUAAAGAAGAAAUUAAGAUAGAGAAGGUUUCAACGUUGGAGGCAAAACCAGUGAAGAAAUCUAAAGAACAAGAACCAACAAAACCAUCUAAAGAAGAAACCAAGACAGAGAAGGUGUUGAAGGUGGAAAUACAGGUGAAGAAACCAAAAGAGCAAGAACCAACCAAGAAACCACCUAAAGAAGAAAUCAAAGACGAAAAGACACCAAAGAAACUUUCCAAAAAGGAGGCGGAAAAGCCUACCAAAGAUGUGGCAGUAGCAACAAAGUCCUCUAAAAUGGCAAUCCAACUCAAGAGGAUUGCUAAGGCAGAGGAGAAAUCAAUAAAACCAGGUCUUCUCAAAAAACCAGUCACUAAGACAGACGAUGAACCCAAGAAGUCUCCAAAGAUGAUUCGGGUUGUCAGGGAGACCAGAAUUAUAAAGGAGCAUCUCAAUGUUACAAAAACAGAAGAUGGACUGAAGAAGACGAUCAAGAUGGUCAAAGCUGACACAGAGGAAGCAGUCGCUGCCCCUAAAAAGUCUCACCUUAAUGUUACAAAAACAGAAGUGGAGAGUGCCAAGGAGCCAGAAGAACUUAAACACAAAGCCAAGCUAUCCAAGAAAGAUGCUGAGCUCACCAAAGACAAAUCCAAACCUGCUCAUACAAAGAAAGAUGCUGAAGCUGACAAAGAGAAUACAGCUUCUUUGAAGAAAGCAGAGAAAGAAAAGUCCAAAUCAGCCAUCCCCACAAAAGAAACUGGGGUUGUGAAGGAAAAGUCCAAAUCAAUGCCAUCAAAGAUAGAGGUUGAUUAUCUGCGCAAAAAUGCCACUCUAGAAAAGGAGCGGAUGAAGGCUAUGCAAUUGAAAAAAGAAGCACCAAAGAGGGCCAUACCCCCAGCAGCAAGGAAAUACACAGGGGACGAAAAACCGAAAAGGAAGACUACUACAAAGAAAGAGAAAAGGCGUCUUAAGGAGAAACAAAAGACAGCGACCAAGGGAAAAUCUGUUGAGAAGAAGACUGCAAAAGAAGAGAAAGCAAAGGUAGAACAGUCUUCAACAGACGACUACCUACUGGAAGAUGAGCCCUAUUUCCAGUGCUUCUUCGUGGACGAGGACGAAGCCCAGUUUCCUUUCUACGCCUUCUCGCCACUGCAGAUGUGAGACCCCGGACCUGCCUGGGAGAUUCAGGAGAAACCGGACAUACGCAACACACAACAACCAACUUAUCGGAACAAGAGGUCCACUGUUGAUCGAGAGGUUUACAGGUCGAUGAGUUGUAUGUUUACUAGUGUCGAGGCGAAGUCAUGACCACCGCUGUUGUAACAGCUUAUAGUCACCCAAAGUUGUUUAGGAAAGACCGCAAGACAACAGGUGACAGUUUACGUCAAGUGACGAGACAGUUCUAUAUUUUUCCAGUGUCAGUUGAGCUCUCGUAGCAAAUGCAGACCUGUGUCAUUCCCUUCUUUAUUUCUCAUUGUUUUCCAAUUACUCUUCUUAUAUAAUUUGUAUAUCCAUUAUUUUAAAUUUCAACAAUUGUUAUAAAUGGUAAACGCUGUUUGUUGAGCUUUUUUUUUUUUUUUAUAAUGGGACACGUGCAAAAAAAUUUAUUUUAUUUACUUAGGUUACUUGUUGACCUUAAUAUCUAAGCUUAAUAUCUAUUGCAUAGGGUAACUGGGUACAGAGAUAUAGGCCUACCACAUCAAGAUCAAGUGGUAGUUAUUUAUUAACUUGAAAAUGUGGCAGUGUUCCUGUUUUAGUACUAUUAACACUCAAGUGUUAAUCGUUUUUAAGUGUAAAUGUUAAUAUUUUAAGUAUUAAUAUUUUAUUUUAUAACUUUUAUAGACAGCAUUGACAGUUUUAAAUGCUGUUCUUGCUGUUAUUGUUAUGCCAAAUAAGCAGUUAUUUUAGUUAUUGAUAAUUCCAUUAUUGUAAAUAUUCAUUCAUGUUGGUGCUUGAAUAGCCAUAUUAUAUUCAAACCGUCUUCUAUGUCCUCUUAACCAGUAUAUAGAACAUUCAAAGGAAAAAUGUGUAAAAAGAGAAUAUUAUCUUUUGUAUCCCUCCUACUUCCAGACUUCUGUUUUAUAUUUAUUUUGGACUGAAAGGGAAUGACCAUGCACUGUUUCUACGAGAGCUCACUUGGCAGAUGCAGAACUGAGGUGUGGACAGUUCAGUGGACAAAUUGAUUCUAUGUAAAAUAUUUCACAAAAGCAGUGAAAGCUUAUAUAUAACAUAGCGAUGUUUGUAUUCCACAGACCCACCAAUACUACCUGAAUGACGUGUGUAUCUGUGUAUCAGUCAUAAGUUGAACAGCAUUGUAGACCUAAUGUUGGUUAAUGUUGAUUCACUUCUGAAUUGAAUUGUAGAUAUUCUUCACUGUUUAUUUGAGCAACUACCAUGAAGGUAUGAUUUAAUGUUCUAAAUAUUCUUCGAAGAGGGUCAACUUAUGUAAUGGACGUUUUGGGAUUUGGUGCUUCUCUUACUUCUAUGUAACUGAGUAUUUGUAUCUGCACUGGUUUGCAAUCAUGAAUUUAGCAACCUUGUUAAAUGGUAAUUUACAACGGGACAAAUUUGAAGCUAGGUGUCAAGAUAAUUUUUUGCUGUAACUUACAUCUAUUCUUUGCAAGACCAAAUGUUAUCAGUGACUUACAAUUGGUAACAUUUAUAAAAAUUCAGCACCUUUUUAGAUCAAUUGACAAUGGUUUUGUUCAGAAACGAUGAUAAAACUUUCUGGAAUGGAAGCUGCUCUUGUACAGUAAAGCCUAAAGUGUUAUUUUAUGAUAUUGCUAAUAGGUACAUAACCUAAAGAAAGCUCUGCUGAACAAAAUUAAAUAGUAUAUUAUACAUAAUUUAACAUAGAUAGAUAGCAUUUAAAUCACAUUAUUGCACUGUUGAAUUGCAAGCAUACAUUUACAGAAGAUAUAGCAUCAGGACAUAACUAAAUGUAUAUGAGGUCGGUUUAAGGCGUGUCUUUUUUUAAAUCUCAGAAAGAAAUUGAUGCUUGAUUGACAACCGGACCGGAAACCUGUAUGCCUCGUUAAAAUUAUAUUUAAGCUAUUUAACUAAAUCCUCCACUGGUGUGGAUGCACUUUAAGUUAUAUUAAGCAACUUACAUUUUCUUGUGCCAUCAUUUAUCUGGUUAGAUAUGUUGUUUCCAUAAUUGCUCUUUAAGUCCUGUUUUCUGAAAGAGAAGACCAGGGUCUCAGCCCGGGAAAAUGGUGCAUUAUAAUCUUUAGUAUGCUAUCUUGAAUUAUUUACAAAAACGAUGAGAGGAACAAUUUAGUCCUUCUCUUUCAGUACUGUGAAAUGUUAUUGAUUCUGAUAUGUUUUGCUCACUCAACCUCAUUAGGAGCUAGGGAUACAAGUUGUGGCCUAUCUUUUGAGUUUUUCCAAGGAUAACAAAUGGUUAUGUAUCUCCUAGUUCCUUUGACAAAGAUUUUUCUGAGUGUUGAUCUAAAAAACGAUUCACAUGAUUGCAUUGCAUCAGAUUGUUGAGUGACUGAUGUAAUUUAUUAUAUGGCUACAUGAUUAAUCAAUUCAGUUGGCUAGACCCUGAAGAAGGUUUAAACUGCAAGAUGAAUUCUGGAGAUCCUGAAUCGUUAAAGCAGUCCAUGAACCGUGCAUGGUGUGGUGAAUGUUUUAGGUGAUGUCACACCUAGUGAUUUGAUUUAUAUAAUUUCUAAUUAGGGCUAGAAUUAAAAAAUGGGUCCCUGACAUGUUAAACAACGACAAAAAUGUAUUGUCUCUUUAGAACUCACUUUGUAAAUAGUGAAAUUAAUGGACCCUAAUGUAUACAGUAUUUUCUGCAACCUGAUCCUUGAGAUUUGAGUGAUAAAAUCCCUAUAAUAAUCUACUUGAGCGUACAAAUUAGGAAAGAGUUAUUUGGUCAAGAAUUGACCGUACAACUCUACCAUAUAACUUUAACUACAAUGUAUGCAUAGAAGUCUUUGUCACAAAUAAAUACAAAUGCAAGUA